AGUGCGCCCUACAGCGGACUCUGGGACCAGCGGCCCUCGGCGAACCCGCGGCCUCGCGCUCCAGCACCGACCUCGCACUCGGAACCAUGGCGGCAGUGGCGGCAGCCUCGGCUGAACUGCUCAUUAUCGGCUGGUACAUCUUCCGCGUGCUGCUGCAGGUGUUCCUGGAAUGCUGCAUUUACUGGGUAGGAUUCGCUUUUCGAAAUACUCGAGGGACACAGCACAUUGCGAGAAGUGAGGUGUUCAGGUACUCCCUGCAGAAGCUGGCGUACACGGUGUCGAGGACCGGGCGGCAGGUGUUGGGAGAGCGCCGGCAGCGAGCCCCCAACUGAGGCCCCAGCCCCCAGCCCUGGGCGGCCAUGUCACCAGGUGCUCCUGUGCAUCUCGACCAGCAUGGGAGCCAGUGCCGCGCAGGAAUGGGGGGUCCCCUGUGCUCUCUCGACAGAGGAGCACUUGGCAAGGUCAGUGAGGGGCCAGUAAGCGCCCGGAGAAGCAGCACCGAUAAUGACGACAAUAUAAGAGCCCUUACCCCUUUGCACCGGUCCCACUGCGGGUUGGGAUUGAGGGAGGAGGGGGUAUAGGGGGAGCAGACCUCGAGAUCUGGGCACAGGCAUCACGUUCUGAUCUGGACCAAGUCGGGACAGCAACAUCCCAGCCCCGAAGCGUCGGCCAUGCCAACAGGCCCCCACCACGGAGAUCCAGACAACCACACCAGCCAGCAGAAUGGACAUUCCAACAUCACCAGCUGAAGCCCUGAAUCUCGAUGCAGCAGAAAAGGCACCAACUGCGUGCCUGUGUGGCGGGACUGGAGGGCUCCGGUGAGGGAGGAGGAGGGUUAAGAAAUACUGGGGCCCUCUUAUUGACCCUUGCCUGCGGCACAUUCAUUCCAGCCUUGCUGCCUUUGCUUCCUCUAUUCCCCUUUCCCCCGAGUCCUCUUCCCCCCAUCACUGCCUCCCCAGCUCACCCCACCCUAAAGAAAUGUCACUUGAUUUGGAACUAUUUAACCAGUAAACUAACCCCACCUUUACUAAAACACCUUCUCUGAGCCCCCAGACCCUCACUGAUCUUGCUUUUCCCUGGUCUCACGCAGUUGUGGUCAAUAUUGUGGUAAUUGCUAACUGUACUAACUGUAUAAGUGUGCAUUAGUUGUGUCUCCCCAGCUAGACUGUAAGCUCCUGGAGGACAGGGACCACCUCUACAAAAAAUAAAAAUCAGUACCUCCCCAUCUCACAGUGUCCCAGGACCCUGCGGGGUGGAGGAGGCGCACCAAAAA